UAAUAAUUUGUUAAGAUUAAGACUAUUGAUAUUUAUCGAUUUGAAUUUAAUGAUUUAAAUUUGAAACGAACGGUUUAACAUUUUCCUGACCUAAUAACGCGAUCCACAUUUUAAUUUGAAUUUAUAUUUAAAUAUAUAAAUAAAUAAAUAAAUAAAUAAAUCAAUCAAUCAAUCAAUCAAUCAAAUAAAAUCAAAUAUCUAGUGCGUGUAAGAUCAUAAAGACGAUCUAAUAGUUUCGAUAGAUCGAUUCUCGCGGAUAAACCGUGGGAAAUGUUCAAAGGUGAGAAGAAAGAUAAAAGAAGUAAGAACGAAGUGGAUCGAGGAUCAACGUGGAUCUAUGUGGAUAGGAAAAAAUCUGGGAAGAAGACUAGGAUAGGAUUAGAAUAAUAGAAAACGAAACGAGAAACGUAUAGAAAUAACAAAACAAAGCAAAAAAAAAAUAGAAAAGAAAAAUCGUGGAAAAUAAGGAAGACAUAAAGAUAUCGAGGAAACAUAGGAUUUGAUUUGUGCUUUUUUUUUUUCUUUUUUUUUGUCGUUUUUUCUUUUUUGGUUGUACCUGUUUCGUUCGGUUCGGUUUUUUUUUUUUCUUUCUUUUUUUUUGUUUUACAUUAUGGCGUCGAGAUCAUCGACCUUUUCCUGGAUGCUACGAUUUCUUUUGCUGUCGUCCUUCAUCUUAUGGGAUCCAACGAUAGCCCGUGGUUCUAAACGUGGACUUAAAAAUGGUCAAAUCGGUGCACACGGUCUAAGCAAAAGCCUUAAGAAUAGCGGCCUCUUUCCGUCAACCUUUAAUGUCGCCGCAAAGGCUGAAAUAUUUGUGAAUGCAACCUGCGGCGAGGAUGGUCCCGAAACUUUUUGUAAACCCUCGGAAUCGUCAAGAUGCGCUGUCUGUGAUUCGAGGAGCCCUGAUCCGGGAAAAAGACACAAUAUCAGUCAUGCUUUAGAUUCUAAUCCUGGUAAAUGGUGGCAAAGUCCUACCCUUGCGAGAGGAGACAACUACGAAUACGUCACCAUUGUUCUCGAUCUCAAACAAGUUUAUCAAAUUGAAUACGUGAUCGUGAAAGCUGCGAAUUCACCAAGACCAGCAGCGUGGAUACUCGAGAGAUCGAUAGAUAACGUGAACUUUGAACCUUGGCAGUAUUAUGCACCGAGUGAUGAGGAAUGUUGGACGAGAUAUUCGGUACCACCUGUGCCUGGUAAGCCGGUUUACAUAACCGACGAUGAAGUCAUUUGUACGAGCAUUUACUCCAGGUCUACGCCUAUGGAAAACGGUGAAAUCCAUACACAUCUGGUGAACGGUAGACCUGGUGCCUUGAAUCAUAGUACAACUCUUUUAGAAUUUACACAAGCAAGAUACGUCAGACUUCGUUUUCAAGGUCUUCGUAGAAACGGUGUUGUUAUUGCCGAUAAAAGAAGAGCAUAUUAUUCGAUCAAGGAAAUCAAUAUUGGUGGACGUUGUGUGUGUUCUGGUCAUGCUGCCCGGUGUCGUUACAGUGUUCAACAUGGGCAUCAAGAAUGCGAAUGUGAACGUCAUACGUGUGGUGAAAGAUGUGAAAAGUGUUGUCCAAUGUAUAAUCAAAUACCAUGGAGACCUGGUACCGCGUCCAAGGGUUUCCAUUGUGAGAAAUGCAAUUGCAAUGGACAUGCAACGUCGUGCAUUUACGAUCCGGAAGUUGCCGAUAAAAGGAUGUCUAUGGACAGUCGGGGGAAGUUCCGAGGGGGCGGUGUUUGUUUCAAUUGUACUGAACAUACAUCAGGUAUCAAUUGCGAGAAAUGUCAGAUCGGUUAUUACAGACCAAACGGAGUAUCACCUGACGCACCCGAGCCCUGUUUGCCUUGUGAUUGUAGCAUUCACGGUAGCACAGGUUACUGCACACCUGACGAUUCCUACACACACUUGGGAAAGGUAGCAGGUGCCUGCGAGUGCAAAUCCGGCUAUUCGGGAUACAAAUGCGACCAAUGUGCAGCAGGUUAUCGACAAUAUCCAUAUUGCAUGGAAUGUCCGUGCGAUUCACGUGGUAUACUACCGUCUCACGAUUGCGAGGGUGAUUGCAUUUGCAAGGCAAACGUUGACGGUGAAUUUUGUGACAGAUGCAAGCCCGGAUAUUUCGCUAUGACCAAGGAUAAUCUUGACGGUUGCGUAUCUUGUUACUGUUUUGGUGCUAGUGAUCGUUGUACUUCUAGCAAACUCUAUUACACUAUGAUUUCAUCGUUGGAAAAUUGGUUGGUAACUGAUAUGAAUGCAUCGUUGGGUGUUAUACCAACAUUCGACACGGACAAUGGUUGGUUGACCGUGGCAGCAUACGAGGUCGAGUAUGAAAGUCCAUACUGGUUGGCACCACGAAUCUAUACGGGAAAUCGUAUCUCGUCUUACGGAAGUAAUCUCACGUAUACGGUCACCUGGGUUGUCAUGCGUGGCGACACUAGUGGCAAGCCUACAACCGAACCUAACGUUAUUUUGGUCGGUAACAAUGGCAUGCGUAUAGCUUAUGGCGAAGAACAGUAUAACGGUCAGGAGGCGGAGAUAUCCGUGGCCUUGACCGAGGAAGGUUGGUACCACGUGCGUACUGAAAUCCGAGACAUUCCGACGAGACUCAAGAGAACUGAUUUUCGCGGUGAUCCUGUCAAUAGAAAACAAAUGAUGCACGUCCUGGCUGAUCUUAAAUAUCUCAUGAUAAGAGCACAGUAUCAUUCCGAACAAAUCGAAGGAAGUCUUCUGUCCGCAAUCCUUCCGAUUGGUGAACCAACACGAUCGGAAGAUGGUACCGAGAGUCUCGUAGAAAUGUGCGAGUGUCCUGAAGGAUAUAUUGGUUUAUCCUGUGAAAAUUGUUCCUGGGGAUACGUUAAAGUAACGAGCAAUGGUUCUGAUCAUCGGGAUUAUCAUAUUUGCGUUGAAUGUGAUUGCAAUGGUCAUGCUGCUUCUUGCGAUCUUGUGAUGGGCGAAUGCAAGAAUUGCGAACAUCAUACAGUCGGUCCAAAAUGUGAUCGUUGCACGACAGGAUAUUAUGGGAUCGCAACAAAAGGGACACCAGAGGAUUGUAAAAAAUGUGCUUGCCCGUUAUCUAUCGAAUCAAAUAAUUUCAGUCCAAGUUGUCAAUUGGAAGAUCCUACGGACGAUAACAGUGGUUACGUUUGCACUCAGUGUCCCGAAGGAUACACAGGCGAUCAUUGUGAAAGUUGCGACGUUGGUUUUUAUGGUAAUCCAUCAACCCCUGGGGGAACUUGCGAGCGUUGUCCUUGCUCGGGUGGACCGUGCGAUCAAGAAACAGGACGUUGCUUGGAAUGUCGUGGAAAUACGGAAGGUUGGAAAUGUGAAAGAUGUAAGGAAGCUCAUUACGGGGAUCCCCUUCGUCAAAAUUGUCUUCCAUGCGAUUGUGACCCCAUUGGCAGUAGUUCCGUUCAUUGCGAUCGGAUGAGCGGUCAGUGUCCCUGCAAGCCUUUGUUCUCGGGUCGUGACUGUUCUUUCUGUGUUGAGGGUUACGGAAACGUUAGUGCAGGUUGCCAAGUAUGUGACUGCGACGUGGGUGCCCUCAACGAACUUUGCAAUCCCGUAACCGGUGAAUGCAGGUGUACGGUGGGUGUUGUUGGUUCGCAUUGCGAUAGAUGCGACAUCGAUCAUUAUGGUUUAUCGACGAAUGGUUGCCAAGGUAAGUGAUAAA